CCAGUUUCCAUCCAAAUAGAGCUUGACACAAAUUACAAGUAAGAAAAUUAAAUUACCUUAAAUGUGCUGGGUCCAGAAGAACAAAUGUCAAUCAAAACAUGUUUUGCAUUUAAAACUAACUGAUAUAUUCAACACAGGCCUUUCACCAUGUCCUUUGAUUGUAAGAGGACAAGAUCUACUAGUUGUUUCCCUCUUCCAGUCUGAGAUUUUACAAGGAUUCCAGCUUGUCCAACGCCCAGUUGGGUUUUGAACUUUGAACAAACUGAAAUGAAGGAAGAAUUCUCUCUGCUCUUGAAACCUGGUUUAACUUUCAACAAACUUUGGUUCCCAAGGCUGAGCCAGUGACUUCCGCGGUUUGAUGUUCUUUAAGAUAGCAGCAGCAAACGUACUGCUUUUGAUUAAAAUCCAUUACAAUUCUGGCAACUUGUGUUAAGGGCUAAGCUUACAAUACUCUCAAUAUUAUUUUAAACAGCUUCACAACAAAAAUCACAUAUAUUGUUUUGUUUUCGAAGCUCACAUGGUUUUUUGUUUUUAAUCCACCAUGCUGGGCCCCCUCCCAUCCCAUCUCUCUCCCCUGCAGGUUCAUAAUCUGGUUGCAAUCGAGCUCGCCUAUAUCAACACCAAGCACCCGGACUUCAUUGACACAGCGCUGGUGUCUGCCUCUGUCAGCAGCAGCAAGAAUGACCCCCCUGCGGAGGGGAUCCGGCGUUGGAAGAGUGACAAAGUGGAGGAUGCUGGCAUGGAGGAGAAGCUCAAGGGGAACGUCCAGCCCCCCAUGUAUUCCAGCCCCAGUCGCUCCCAUGCUGUCAAUCUGCUGGACACGCCCAUGCCGGCCACACGGAAGCUGAGCCAGCGGGAGCAGCGGGAUUGCGAGGUGAUCCGCAGACUCAUCAAAUCCUAUUUCCUCAUUGUGCGCAAAAGCAUCCAGGACAGCGUCCCCAAGACGGUCAUGCAUUUCCUGGUGAACUAUGUCAAGGACCAUCUGCAGAGCCAGCUGGUUGGGCAGCUGUACAAGCAGCAGCUGCUGGACAUGCUGCUCACAGAGUCAGAGGACAUGGCACAGCAGCGCAAGGAGGCUGCUGGGCUGCUCCAGGCCUUGCAGCGAGCCAGCCAGACCAUCUCUGAGAUCCGGGAGACGCAACUCUGGUGAGGGGAGGCUGUGCCUACAAACCAAGCCCUGGGCUCUGCUCUGCUGUCCCAGCUUGGUUCCAGGGGGGCACCCCUACCUGCCCAGAGCCUGCCUGACUUGGUGUCACAAACACCCCUGCUGACCUGUGGGGGUGUCCAGAGAAGCUGAGUGUUUCUACUCCCUGUGUGUGGUGGGGGAGAUAGAGGGACAGUGGCAGAGACACCACACACACACCCUCCCCUUGUUCUUUGCUGCCUGUGUAUCUGAGCCGCUCCGAUGGUGGGUUGGUGUUACGGAAUAAAACCCGUUUGUGCAAA